AUGGGGUCGACGGGGCAAACAAGGAGCCUAGUAUAUUUCGCUGGUGGAGUUGGUUCCUCUUCAAUCGCGGUCACUGCUCAUGACUACAUUUCGCAAUGCCUCGGAAAGGAUUGGAAGAUGACUGUUUUGGCAACAGCCAGCUUGGACGAAGUUGUUCAGGCCUUCCGUGCGCCGCAGUUUGCCGGCGGAAUCAUUACCAUGCCAUUCAAGAAAACAAUCAUCCCAUUCCUGGACGAAGUUGAUGAACUAGUUACCACCGCUGGCGCCUGCAACGUGGUCUAUCUUACACCGGAAGGCAAGCUACGUGGUACCAACACGGACUGGGUAGGCAUCAAGAAUGCUCUUCUUAGUGCAGAUCCUCUCACAGCUGGGGAUAAUGCUAUGAUAUAUGGAGCUGGAGGUGCCAGUCGCGCCGCCGUUUAUGCACUUUACCGCGGUCUGGGGUACGAGAACAUAUACGUGGUUAACAGGGAUGAUCAAGAAGUCACCGACUUGAUCGAGGACGCGAGUAAUUAUACUGGGUUGCGUCCAAAUGUUGUCCAUAUUCGAACAUUGGAGCAAGCCCAAUCUUUACCCUCACCUGACUAUAUCGUGAGCACCAUACCAGAUUACCCAGCACGGACUGCACAAGAGGUUAACGCAAGAGCUAUCGUCGCCCAGUUCUUGUCGAGGUCAACUUCGAAACCAGGAGUACUCCUAGACAUGUGUUACCACCCUCUGUUGACCGAGAAUCUAAAGCUUGCAAGGCAGCAUGGCUGGAUUGCCGCGGAAGGGGUGCAGGUUGUAGGCCAUCAAUUAAAGGUCAUGUGGAGGUUAUGGACUGGCAAAGACAUCACAGAGGAGAACGAAGCGGUGGUGUGGGGGUUACUCCAGCAGGCUGCUCGAGAUGAUCCAACUGUCGCCGGCGGGCUAGCCACUGCCACUGAAACGGUGAUUGGCCUACACAGCCUGCCUCCUGGCUCCCGUCCUAUUGGGGUAGUACGCAACAAUGGACCUGAUGUGCUAACGCUCGAGCGGUAUAAGUUGCGUGAACUUGCUGAGGGAUGGCCGCUGUAUCGCGAUUCUUGCGAAUGGGACAACCUAAGGUCCAUUUUCCACCCAGACGCGUAUAUCUAUACAAGUUGGACGGGGAAAACCCACCAUGAAGACUUCAUUCAAGCCUCGCAGCGUGGAAUGGACAAGGGGGCUUUCAUCAUGCAUCGGUGCCAUGGAAUAACAACCGACAUUACGCUAGAUGCGACUCGAGCUGUGACGAAAAUGAAGGCAACGAUUACGCAGAGAUUCAAUUUGCAGGAGGCUGAAGUCGACGCCGAGAGCGAUUGCAGGUUCAUAUUCUUCUGGACGAAGCUCCGAAAUCCCUUCACCGGCGAAACCGAUUGGAAAGCUCUAUUCGUUCGCCACUGGUACGAAAAGGACAAACUGAUUCCUGUCAACCCUGCUAAAGUCCCUGUCCUGGACGAGGCCAAGCUGGCCCAGUUCCCCUCGGGUUACAGAUAUCUGGCCUACUGCCAGGAGGAGACAAUGGGAGUCAGUGUCCUAAGAGACCUUCCAGGUCACAACCGCGAAAAAGGGAUCCCUGGUGGAAGCAGGAUUGCUGGCCAGAGACACGAUCUGCUGUACUGGCAGGCCAAAGACUGGCUGGACGGCAAGGAUAUUCAAAUCUGA